AUGCCUUCCUGCGAAGACGUCAUCGCCGUCCUCGAAGAGUGCCACGCCCGCGGCUUCAUGUGGAAGGCAAUGGGCAUGUGCAGCGACGCCAAGCGUGACGUGACGCUGUGCCUGCGCGCCGAGCGGCUCAAGCGGACGGCGACGAACCGCGAGGCCGCCAAGGUCAAGCGUGAGAAGGUCAAGGCGGUCUGGGCGGAAAUUGACGAGAACUCCUGA